AUGGAAGAAAUCAAAAAACCAUUAGGGACUUCUCUUCUGGUGCCAUCAGUUCAAGAAUUGGCAAAAGAAAAUAUAUCUAAGGUUCCACAGAGAUACAUUCAGCCUCAACAUGAAAACGUGGUGGUCAUAUCUGAAGAAGCUAAUAGAAGACUUGAGAUUCCAGUUAUUGAUAUGCAGAGCUUACUUUCUAGAGAAUCUGAUAGUUCUGAGUUGACCAAGCUUCAUCUUGCAUGCAAAGAUUGGGGAUUUUUUCAGCUGAUAAACCAUGGAGUUAGCUCUUCCUUGGUGGAGAAAGUAAAGUUGGAGAUUGAGGAUUUCUUCAACCUUCCAAUGUCAGAGAAGAGAAAGUUAUGGCAGAGUCCACAGCAUAUGGAGGGGUUUGGACAAGCAUUUGUUGUGAAUGAAGACCAAAAACUUGAUUGGGGUGAUAUGUUCUAUAUGACCACAUUUCCAAAACAAUUGAGAAUGCCCAACUUAUUUCCCCACCUUCCUCUUCCUUUCAGAGACACUAUAGAGCUUUACUCACAAGAGUUGAAAAAUUUAGCCAUGGUUAUUAUUGCACAUUUGGAGAAAGCUCUUAAGAUGGAAGAAAUGGAAAUAAUGAAUUUAUUUGAAGACAUGAGACAAUCUAUGAGGAUGAACUACUACCCUCCAUGUCCACAACCAGAGAAGGUUAUAGGCCUCGCACCUCAUUCAGAUGGAGUUGGUCUCACUAUCCUCCUACAAGUCAACGAAGUAGAAGGACUCCAAAUAAAGAAAGAUGGCAUGUGGGUUCCUAUUAAGCCCCUGCCUAAUGCUUUCAUUGUAAACGUUGGUGAGAUACUUGAGAUUAUAACCAAUGGGAUAUACCAAAGUGUGGAGCACAGAGCAACAGUGAACUCUGAAAAAGAAAGGCUUUCAAUUGCAACAUUCUGCAAUCCUAAUCAAGAGGUUGAGGUAGGUCCUGGGGCUAGCUUAAUCACUGAACAAACGGCUGCACAGUACAAAAGAAUUAGAAUGGAGGAAUACUUUAAGGGUUUAUUUGCUCGUAAACUUGAUGGAAAGUCUUACCUAUAUACCCUGAGAGUAGAGCAUCGAAAUUGA